AUGACAGUUACUGCUGAGGUCUACUGCGCUCAACUGCAAACACUAGCCGACAAGAUCCGCAAGGAACACCCGAAGCUCGACAACGUGCACGAUAACGCGCGCCCUCACAUCGCGAAGAAGACUUCCCAGAAGAUUCUGGAGCUCGGAUGGGAAGUUCUGCCGCACACACCAUGCAGCCCAGAACUGGUCCCGAGCGACUACCACCUCUUCCGAUCGUUUCAGCAUCACCUGGAAGAGAAGCGCUACGCAGCGCUAUGA